GGCUGUACAAAGGCUUUAUACUCUAUAUUCUGCGUAUGUCGUGCUGGGAGAUGGGUGGAGUAAUGCAAACAAGAGCAGCUUUGUGAGUUGACAAUUCUUUAUUAGCCCACAAAUGUGUUGUUUUGUACAGGGGGAAUGCCUGCGCGGGUUCACUUUCAGAACUCUUUUAGAGAGAAAUUGUGAUUUGCUUCGACAUCCUGAGGAUGAAGGACGAAAGAGACUGAUGCUGCAGUCUGUCAUACAGUGAACUUAAUAUGAUGAUCGUUGGUCACUCGUCCCUUUUAUUUCUGUGCUCAGCUGCUCUCUCCAUCGUUGCUUCUAAUCUUCCAGACCUGGAGAUAGUGACCCAACAAACACUGCCUUUGGCUCCAUCUCAUUAUACUGCUGUUGGUACUCCAGAGCUCAAUACAGUAUGCACAGAGAAUUGUGUCCUCCAUGAAUCCCAGGCAGAAGCAUUUCCUGUCAGCCAUCAACUCGAUUAUGAGACAACAUAUUCCAAUGGUAGCCGAACACUGACAACGGUGACAGUGAUAUUAUCUCAAGAGAGUAUCAGAAAGUCAGAGGAAAGGAAUGUGAAAUCUAUACGGCCUCGGAGACAGAUAUAUGGACCAGACAUCCGCUUUUCCAUCCGCAGUUAUCGCUUUCUAAAAGAUUUCCCUUUUGCUGCUGCUGUCCGUGUGUCCACAGGUUGCACAGGUGUGCUGGUAACUGAACGUCAUGUCUUAACUGCAGCUCACUGUAUCCAUGAUGGCCGUGACUAUGUACAAGGAGCACGUAAGUUGCGUGUCGGUUUUCUGCGACUAGGAGCCCGGCGUUCUUUACGUUGGGUACAUGUCAAAAGUACAAGGGUGCCACGAGGAUGGAUUGGCGCCCCAGCAGGACUUAGUAUGGAUUAUGAUUAUGCUUUGCUGGAACUUCGACGUGCACAAUCACAACCUCACAUGCAUCUGGCAGCAUCCCCACCUCUGGCAAAUCUGGCUGGAAGACGUGUUCACUUCUCAGGCUUUGACAGUGACCGACCUGGGGAGUUGGUUUACAGAUCAUGCAGAGUGCAGCAGCAGACUACACAUUUGCUCUAUCAGCACUGUGAUGCACGCCCUGGUGCUAGUGGCUCAGGGGUUUAUGGGAGAUUGCGGCAUGGUGGCCGUUGGGAAAGGAAAGUGAUUGGGAUAUUCUCAGGACACCAGUGGGUAGAAGUGUCUGGAGAGCCAAAAGAGUAUAAUGUUGCAGUCAGGCUGACCCCUCCGAAAUACGCCCAGAUCUGCUAUUGGAUACGGGGAGCCAAUGCAAGCUGCCAUACUGAAUAAAAACGUCCAUGAUAUGACAGCAUUAAAUAUAACGGUUACAUACAUAGAGACUAUUUUCACAUAGAUAAAAUGCUUCUUGGAAUGUUCUGCAGAUCCUACAGAAGGAGCCAGCUGUUAACUGACGCAGGAUAAUACGUAUAGAGCUCAGCAUGGGGACUGGAACGCAACUGGAGUAAACCUUAAAAAAUGCUGUUUCUAGUCAAAAUACCAGUUAAGAGUUAUCUCCAUGGUUACUGCUGUUUGUCUUUCUGUUGGCAUCUCUGCCCUUAACUCAGGCUGACCUCUUCCAGCUUAUUUGACCCAUUAUAAAAUACUGUACUCACAAACUACAAUUUACCUUUCUAUUACAGUUCCUUGGGUUGAAUUUGUCAGCUUUUAUUUAACAACACAUAUAGUCAACAAAACUUUUUAGGGUGAUUUAGCAUUUUCCCAACUUUUUCAGACUUUAACAUUCACGUGGACUACGAUCGGGAAUAGUAACCUGUGCCAAGCGCAGUGAGGCGCCUUGUCCAAAGCAUGGCGAGUAAAGCGAGCCAUGUGAGCAUGUGAGGGGACGUGUUACAAUAAUUAGGGUUCCCUAUGCUCUGAAGGCAAAAAAGAUACACAAAAACAGUUAUGUUGACCUUUUUGCAUGUCGACCUUUUUACGUCGACCUUUUGUACCUGUCAAUCUUUUCCAUUGUCUACAUUUUCCAUGUCGACACAUCAUGACCCUGUUGACCUUUUAACCUUGUCAACCAUUUCAAUGUUGACCAUUUGGUGUCGACCUAUUGAUUGUAGACUAUUUUACUGUAGACCUAUUGAACCGUAACCCUCCAUAUUACACUGUAAGCAUAGGAAAAGUACGAUCAAAAAGAAAAUACAUUUUAGACAUAUGCACGGCUACUAUCUGUUCCUUGUUUCCAGGGACAGUUCCAGAUUUGAAAGAUUUGUCUGUGAUUUUUUUUGUCUCUAGAAUUAUCCCUGUUUUUCAGGACUGACAAGAAGUACAAUUCCUAAUUGUCUAUAUUUGAAUGCUAUUUCCACUAUCUAGUAUUAUUCACAUGGUUUUACAAGUUAGUUUUUAUUGCACUGGAGAAUUUCAAGUGAAAAUCAUUACAUUAGACCAAGGUUAGUAAAAUAUUUUACUAGAGAUUGUGGUACACGAAUACCUGACUAGACAGUACAUGUCUAAUUUACGUAGUGCAGAAUGCAGAUAUGCUCUGCAACAAAUGUCCCUUAAAUUUAUACACUUAUGUAAGUAAUCCUCUAAAUGCAUGAAGAAAAUAUGUAUGUGACCACUUUGUUGCUUAACAAAUACUUAUAUAAAGGACUCUUUAAAAGAGCCUACAGGCCAGAAAUAGCUAUCGCAAUUUAGUCGGGUUUAACCGCUUUAUGCGUCCAAACCCGACUGCUAUGGGCGUGAUAAAAUAGAUCAAUUGAAUAUCGCCCCGUGAGCUCUCGUUACUUUAGAUGGGAGAUCAGGCACUAUAUAACAAUUAAAUCUCGCCCAUUGUGUCAACGCCCAUUAAGAGUUAGGGUGGGUACACACUGAUGGAUAUAUCUGCACAUCAAUUGAUCUGCAGAUAUAUCUAUGGACGGAUCGGGCAGUGUGCUGUGCAUACACACUGCCCGAUCCGUCGGGGACUGACGUCAUGAACUGGGCAGGCGUGUACACACACCCGCCCAGUUCAGCUGUCAAUCACCACCGGCUCCUGCAGCAUGUGUACGGGUGGUCGGCUGGUCGCCCAUAUACACACAGCGAUGUGCCAAUAUAUUGGUAGAUAUAUUGGCCGUCGGCUGUGCUGCGGGACGACGCGAUAUGUCUGUGAACGACAGAGUUCACAAACAUAUUGCCCGUACACACUGGCCGACGGACCCGCGAUAUAUCUCCCAUUCAAUAGAACGGCCGAUAUAUCGGCCAGUGUGUACGGACCUUUAAUUUACCGGGCGAGCAUAAGGGGCUGUAAUUGAAUACCCCCGGGCGUCAAAGCCUAAGGCUAUAACCUUUUUUUUUUUUACCAAUCCCACCCCUUAGCCAGUUGUCUCAAAAUAUUUUAUUAUUAAAUUGUGUGAAAAAAGAUUUUCUAUUGUUGCAAUUAUUGCCCAUAGCAAAUAGACUAGAUACAUCCCACCACUGGGGUCUAUUCAACACUUCAUUUAAAUAAAAGGUGAAAAUUAAUAUUUUACCAGCCUCUCAGGGAUUUAUGCAGAAAGGAUUUUUAUACUCAAUGCCAUCUAUAAUUUUUAUCUUACUCGUGUUUGAUACAUAUGGGGAAUGUGGUCAAACCUUCAAAAUCAGCCGUUUUUAAACAUCAUCCAAUCCUAAUGGAGAUAAACUCCUAAUCAUGGCUGGAAAUGAUUGAGUAUAAAUUUGGACAUGUUAUUGGCCUGAGUGUGCAGAAAUCUUCAGCUUGCAGUAGCUGGCCCCAGAGAAGAUAUAAAUAUUUUAAGGCCCGUACACACUGGCCGUCUAUUGAACGGCCGAUAUUUCGCGGGUCCAUCGGCCAGUG